AUAUAAUAAUUUAUUUGUAUGCAUUAGAGAGAAGAGAGUGUUUGUUCUUGAUACGUUUCUUUCAUUCUGAGAGGAGAGAAAAGAGUAUCCUAAAACCAAACCCAAACUAACAGAAAAUUUUGCAUUCUCUCUCUCUCUCUCUCUCUCUCUCUCUCUCUCUCUCUCUCACACACACACACACACACCGCACACCACUCCUCACAAAACAAAUCAAAAAACAAAACCCUAUUUUUCUAACUUCCCACUCUCUCCAACAACACUCUCUUUCUCUCUUCUCUUCGUUAUUUUUCAAUCUCUCAUUCCCAAAACACACACUCUCAAAUUCAACAACACUUUGCCUAAAACUCUUGUGCAUUCUUCAUAAUCAUAAAUCUUAAUCAUCAUAAUAAUUUCACAACAUCAUCAUCAUCAUCAUCAUCAUCACUGUUACGUUGUUUAAGAAAACGGUUGCGUUUCCUUAAUCCUUAUUAUCGAUUAAUCCUUAAUCCUUAUCAUCAUCAUCGGCUAGGGUUAUUAUUUUCUGUUUUCUCUUUUUUUUUUCUUUUCAAUUUUCAAUUUCCAAUUCCCAAAUUUCUCUCUCUCUGGAACCCUAGGUUUUGGAAUAGUUUUAUUGCACGUGCGUAUAUACUUCUAGGGUUUCUGUUCUCGAUAAACAUUCUUCGCCCUAUAUAGGGCGAUAGCGAUAAUUUUUUCUUUUUUUUUUUUUGGGGGAUUUUUCAAUCGUGCUUAAUUCUUGGAUGGUUUUGUUUGGUUUGGUUAAUCGAUUGUUUUCGUGAAUAUACCUUUUCUCUUUUGAGAGAGAUUAUGCCGUUCUGAGUUUUCAAGGUUUUGUUUGAAUCCAUCUUUCUAAUUGAAGAUGGAGGUUUAGAGAAGCUUUUCCUUUACGGCAUUGUCUUUUGUUACAAGAUUGGGGUUUGUUAAGGUGCUGAUUUCAGUUCGGCAUUGUUGGAGUCUUGAAUUUGUGAUUAAUUUUUUAGGGUUAGACAGAGGAAAAUGAGAUGAGAAUUGGAUUGAGUAGUUUAGUUUAGUAUUCAGAGUAUAAUAACAGUGCUGUUCUAGGGUUGGGGCUGGUGAAGGUGGUUUUGCUUUAUUUGGUUGAUUCUGAUCAUGUUCAGUGUUCAUUAUGGAAAAAAGUGAACCUGCUUUAGUUCCACAAUGGUUGAGAAGUGCUGGAAGUGUUGCCAGUUCAGCCCCCCAUUUUGCAUCUUCAUCUAAUCACACCGAUUCUCAUUCUGUAUCCCAUCAGACAAGGAAUAGAUCUUCUAAGACAACUAGUGAUUUUGAUAGUCCUCGUUCUGUGUUUCCUGAACGGCCAAAUGCUCGGAGGGCCGCUAUCAAUGGCUCUGCAAAGCAUGCAUAUAGUAGUUUCAACAGAAAUCAUCGUGAUAAGGACCGCGAUAGAGAUAGGGAUAAAGAUAGAUCCAAUUUUUUAGACCACUGGGAUCGUAACUGUUCUGAACCAUUAGCUGACCUCUUCCCUGGAAGGACAGAGAGGGAUACUCUACGGCGUUCUCAUUCAUUGGUCUCCAGGAAGCAGAGUGAGCUUGUGAACCACAGAGGUGUAGAUACAAAAUCUGGUGGCAACUGCAACCAGAGCAACGGCAACGAUAUACUUUCUGGGGGUAGUAUAGUUAGCAGCUUUCAGAAAUCUGUUUUCGAUAAGGAUUUCCCAUCACUUGGAGGAGAUGAAAGGCCAAGGUCAGCUGAAAUAGGAAGAGUUGCAUCUCCUGGUUUGGGUGCUACUGCUAGUCAAUCUCUACCUGUUGGCAGUUCACCUAUGAUUGGUGGAGAGGGAUGGACUUCUGCACUCGCAGAGGUACCUUCUAUGAUGGGAAGCAGUAGUACUGGGUCUCUAACCGUGCAACAAACUGUUACUCCAACCUCUGGGCCUGUACUUUCAAGCACAUCAGCUGGUCUUAACAUGGCUGAAGCUUUGGUGCAGACUCCAUCUCGAUCUCAGUCAAUUCCUCAGGUUUCGGUCAAAACCCAGAGGCUCGAAGAACUUGCUAUUAAGCAGUCAAGACAGUUGAUUCCAGUGACACCAUCAAUGCCUAAGGCUUUGGUUAAUAAUUCUGAAAAAUCAAAGCCAAAGACAACACACAGAAAUGCUGAGAUGAAUAUGGCUGCCAAGAGUGUGCCACAGCAACCCUCUGCAUUGCUAAUUGCUAAUCAUUCUGUUCGCAAUGGAAAUGCCAAAGGUGAUGCUCCGAAGACAUCUGGGAAGUUUACUGAUCUUAAAUCUGUGGUGUGGGAAAAUGGUGGUUCUCCUACGGCGAAAGAAGCUUCAACUCCAACAAAUUAUUCUAACAGCAAACCAGGAAAUCAUCUGGCUGUUGCUUCAGCAGUUGCUUCUGCACCUUUGAGGAAUCCCAAUAACCUUAAAUCCACCACAGAGCGGAAGCCAGCUUCUUUGGACCUGAAAUUAGGUUCCACUGUGGAUAAGAAACAGCUUGCUUCUCAAGUGCAGAGCCGACACGAUUUCUUCAAACUCAUUAAGAGGAAAACUCUUAACUCCUCAGUUCUUCCAGAUUCUAGCCCUGUUGUUUCAUCUGCCACGUCUGACAAAGAAGCUGGUGAAGUGAAUAUGGAAUCAGUUGGAUCCCCUGCAAUCCCUCAAGAUCUUGGAAAUAGUACUGACGUGACUAGCAAUGGAAAUGCCCACGUCGAGGUUCACAGACAUCCCGACAUCAGAUGGAAAGAUUCAACUUCUGACGAGGAAGAAGUUGCAUUUCUUCGUUCUCUCGGCUGGGAGGAGGAUUCUGGUGAGGAUGAAGGCCUUACAGAAGAGGAGAUCAAUGCAUUCUAUCAGGAGUGCGUAAAAUUGGGCACCACCAAAUUAAAGCUAUGCCCGGGAAUUCAGCCAAAGUUGUCCAAAUUUUUUGAAUCUUAUGCGACUAACUUGAAUGGAGCUUCUGCUGGAUCGAGUUCUUCUGACUCUGGAUCUGAAGUUUGAUGUUGGGUUGUAUCAUGGAUAGAUCCAAGUUGCAUUUUUCAAUGCAGAUGGCUAGUAACAUUCUUCUUCUCUUUUGUUUUUUAUAGAAGGCUGGUGAUUUGGGAGGUAAACAAGAGGUUGGGUUUUGUUUGGAACCAUGCAUUUGCAAAUAUUGCAAUAAGGUACAGGUGCCUCAAGCCUGCCUGCUUAACAGGGGAAUUUUUUUUGUUCUGAGGCGGGAUAAAGGUAAUAGCUUGGUUGGGUAGGGUUAGUAGCUUAGGGGUUAUUUUGUCUGCAGGAAGGUGCUGGGCAAUUGCAUCUUUGGGGGUAUUUUCAUAUACGUUUUUCCUUUCAAGAGGGUUUGUUGAUUUUAAAUGAUAAAGUUUAUGACGUUUUUGGUAAAUUUACAACAUAAAAAAAAAAAAUGAAAUUAAAAGCUUACAUCUAA